AUGACCAAGAAGGGCCAACUGCAGAACUGCAAUUUGAUAAAGCACCAUAAAAGCAAGGCGCACAAGGCAGCGGUGAAGGAAUGGUUGAAGGAAGGAGGCUGUGUUGGUCCCAGUCCCGAUGCAGCCCCGUCAUUGAGUCAGUUUCAAGAGCUGAUGGAGUGCUUUGGCGACAAAAGAUCAUUGUCGCAAAAAGAGCUGCAAAUGGCAUGGUGUUUGGCAGAGGGGUUAAAAGCUUUGGACCAAAAGUUCAUUGCGAAAUCUUCUCGCAUUUCUUUGAUGCGGGAUGAGCGGCAUGGGCGGUUGGCCAUACGAUUCAUGGCUGUGGCCCCAGACUUGACAACUCGAAGUGGCUUUUUAGGCCAAGAAAGGCAAGCUGGAACAGGUUCGAAUCCCACGCACGUCCCCUUGGCAGCGAAGGAUUGGCUUCUUUGGAUUUCAGAAGAACAUCUGCUGCAGGCAGCUAUGUUGGCUGAUGCGGCCGACACAAGUCUUGCUUUAACUCGAUCCUUGGAUACGGAGCAUGUUGAUCCUGCAAAGCUGAAAGGUGACUUGCAAGUCUACAUGCGACAAAUUCGCAGUCUUUUUGUUGAAGGUCGUUGUGCGACUGUGUUCGGCUUCACCUCGACUGUUCUUACCCAAUUGAAGCUCCGUGCACAGUGGGAAGACCUGUAUCCCCGUGCCCAACUGGAAUACAAAGAACAGGUUGGCUCACUGAAAGAAAGCAAAGAUAUGGUCCACGAUGGCAACAAAGAAGCCUGGAGAGCUACUUUGGCCAGAAUCAAAAGAAAACAGGUUGACGCAGGUUUGACUGAGAGCAGCUUCCUUCGGAGACGUCGCUGCGCGGCUGCUGCGGCCGCAGAGUCAUAUUCAGGAACCCAGGAGCAAGCCGACCCCCUAUUCUUCACUGAAGGUCAUCAGAAGGAAAUGGUUUUUUUGGAAAAGAAAAGCCGCAUUAGGCGAAUUCAGGCCACUGCGGAGAAGUCCUUACCAGACGCGACUUUGCAAGAUCAACAAGACGCAGAGGCUGCUUCGGCCAGAUUUGCAGAGAAUCAAAAGAAAAGACGCGAGAAGGCAAGUAGGAUUGAAAGGCAUGUUAGCAACAAACACAGGGAUGCCUUGCUCGCCGAUUUUUCUGGCUCUAAAGCUUUCCUGGCUGUUUCGGCCAAUAUGGAAUUGACUGCAAGUUUAGCCAACAAUGGAAUCCAAGUGACAGCGCAAGCCUCCCAAGCACAUGUCAUUGUUUGCGACAAGCCAGGUGAAAGCUUACUGCCAGCAUCCCUACAACUGAUGAUAGGUUUACGAGGCUUGGUGGAAGUUUCCCCAUCUUUUUUUACUGUUGGAAACGGUUCUGCUUUGAAAUUUCAUCGCGCUGUUUCGGUGCGUAAAGUUGUUCUUGUAAGCAAAAUAUGUGCAGAAAAGCAUGAUGCCUUUUGGAAAGAUUUUCGGCAAGCGCUUCCUGGUGGGCAUGGUUGGCAACUUCACAAAAUGAAUGCCGGCACAGUGGCACAGCUGCAGGCGAAGCAAAGGACCUUUCCGAAAUACAAAGCAUACGCAGUCAUUCAUGAGGAUGAAACAGAUGCGGUCAGUGAAGGGGACAAGCAAAUUUUCACCAUCCAGACUUUCUUGCAUCGCAUUCGUCGCGCAGACAUGGUAGAGUCGUGGGUGGCUGCUUCGGCCUGCUGCUGCGGCCUGCCUGGCUGGCUGCUUCCAGCCAUGCCUGUCCAGCUUCGCGUUCCCCGAUUGGUUCGUGUGGGGAGUGAUUUCUCUGGCUUGGACACAGGCAUUUUCGCUUUGAAGCGGUUGCAGCUGCCGGUGGAAGUUUCAUUUUGCAGCGACACAGACCCACACUGCAGAAAACUACUGGAAGCUGCUCACAAGCCAAAAUGUUUUUUCGACGAUGCCGAACAACGAAAGCCAGAGGAUGAGAUCCCUGUGGACGUAUACAUUAGUACCCCGCCAUGCCAGCCAUGGAGUUCACAGGGAAAAAGGAAAGGUCUCCAAGAUCCCCGGGGGAGGUUGCUGAAAGUGCCUUUGAGGUAUACAAAGCGGCACAAACCAAGGGUCUUUCUGAUGGAGAAUGUGAAGGGUCUCUGCCACCGGAAAAACAAACCGGUACUCCGCGGCAUCCGAGCCACGUUAGAGAAGCUGGACUACAGGGCUUUGGCUUUGGCUGCCUGCCGAAAAGUUAACAAGGAGGGCAUUGACCCACGACAGGUUCCUGUUGCCAUAGACGUCGGCUGCAGCCAAAAAUAUGCCACCUUUGGCAUUGAUGUCAGCCGCACCUUGAGCCAAGCUCGCGCCAAGACAGAAGCGGAGACUGACGAGGCAAACUUCUGUCAGUAUGUCUAUGUGACACAGCUUUUUGUCAAAGAGAAGCCAGCAGAUUUCUUCGGUCUCGCAGAGAUGGAAGACGUGUACGAAUGCACUCGCAAUGCCAUUUUUUGGUGCUACUGCCACCUGGCCCCAGACAUCAGAUCUGAAUUUGAAUGGCAGAUUGUGAUUGCACUGGACAUGCUGACGACUUUGCGUUACACAGAUCCCGACAGCUUCCCAGACAGCCGAAUUGUCGCUGGUUUGCCAGAUGCGGUGGAAGAAGCCAAGUUGCCCCUGACCCAUGCAACCAAGCGCGACUUCUAUGUGGCCACGCUCUUCAUCAGCUAUCUCGACGCUUGCCCGCUGAAUUAUUGUGGCUUCAGAUGGUCUACGUUUCGUGAGAACCUGUGGGAGUCCUUCAACAAGGCAGUCCAGAGAUCAGAAGUAAACAAUGAAUUGAAGAUUGGCACUUCUCAGGCUUUCGACAAGACAGACGGAGAGGGCGAUUUGCCCUUUCCAACCGCAGGAGAGGUCGUCGUCUUCACAGGUCGUCAUGUUGAGCUUGGCUGUUUCGGCCACCCUGGCUGCUUCGGCCACCUCGCCUUCGUCGUCAGUGAGGCUGUUUCGGCCUGGAGUGCUGACAUGCCAAGCCCCAUGGACUCAGGGUGGGCGCCCAUGUUGUGUAUCGACUGUGGUGGCGUCUUAACCCGUUAUGGAGAUGUCAAGUACGACGGCGAGGAAAUCUACAAGGCGACGAUGCCAGGAGCAUGGGCUUUCCUGCUUUUGUGGCAGGCUUGCUAUGGCGAAGAUGCUGUGAGAAUCAUUUCGAAGGUGAAAUGGUUCCCACACAAAGAGAAGCAUUGGGUGGUGAGACACGCGAUGUCUCUUGGGUUGUCCUCGGACCAGGUCUUCUUGACGGAUCAGAACAGCAACAAAGGAUACUACGCGCGCCGCUCCAAUGGCACCGUGGUCGUCGACGACAGGCUGGAUUGCUUGCAGAGCAUGAUGAACGGAAGCUCAAAAAGCCUGCAGACAGCUGUCCUGUUCGGGGGCGCCGAUCCACGAAACGAGAAAAAGGUGCACUGCAUCAGCGACUUCAGAGACCUUGCCGUCUUGCUGGAGGUCUACCCGAAUGGUACGGUUUGGGACUGGCUCAUGGACGAAGGCCCUCCAAACAAACCUCAUGACGAAGCAGUGCGAGACGACCUCCUGCAACGCUUGAAGGCCAUGGACGACGCCCGAGCCUGGCUACCAACUUCAACGGCAAACAAAAGAAAGGUUGAGGCUGCAUCGGCCUUGUCGUCGAGCAACUGGGUCCCAAAAGGUUCUGCAGCGCCCGCCGGCGACAAUGACGACGAUGACGAGCGUCCGCCGCCUCCAGACAACGUCGUCUUUUUGUACCGCAAGUCUGCUGCAAAAAAACCAGUCAAGAAGGAAUCGCCGCCGCCGUCGACGAGACCGCCAAAGCAAUCCACAAUCAAAGAAGAGCCGGACUACGGCGGCGACCAGGCCGACGACGACAACGACGACAAUGACAAUGAACAGGAAAGCAGUUCAGAGGAGGACCAGGAGGAGGACACAGAAAGCGAGGCCAAAAAACUUCGACGAAGUUCCUCCAAAAAAUCCGGCAGCAGGCGGCGAAGCACUUCCACUGAUGCCAAGAUCAAAGACUUGCAAAAUCAGGUGAAGCAGCUGCAGUGGCAGCAACAGGCUGGGUGGUACUACCCGUACUACCAGGCUGCGGCGGCUGCUUCGGCCGCGCAAGGCAGCCAGCCGGCGGCACCGGCUGCAUCGGCCGGGCCGCCGCCUUGGGGGGGCCGACGUCCGGAUUCGAGCUGGACGCAGGCAAAGAUGAAGCGUGCCAAGCAGCACCGUGCUACCGGAGGGCAGACGGCACAGCGGAUGACCCCGGCAAUAGCAUGUUGCCGAUGUGGGAAGAAUCAGCCGGGCGCAUAUUGCCCUGCCAGGGCGAAUCUUCACUGGCUGUUUCGGCCAGACGGUAGCACCACUGGCUGUUUCGGCCAGACGGCAGCAUGGCUAAGACGGCCGUGCGACACUGGCUGCUUCGGCCAGGUCAAUGACGACGGAACGCGACAGUGGAAAGGGGAAAAAAGCAAGCAGGGACAUCAGGCUGCUUCGGCCUUGAAAAACGCUGGCGUCUAUAAGUGUGCCGCCAAUUUUUUCCAUCAAGACUUCCUUUUCAUGGCCACGCACAAAGUGCCUAUGAACGAAGCGCAGGUGCAGCAAAUCAAAGACUAUUGGUUUCCCAAAAAUGAACCGCCGUCAUUGUGCCCCUUUGUCAUCACAGUCGCUUUGGAAACCCCUGGCUGCAUCGGCCAACGUCCACAAAACGGUUUCCAACGUCUCAGUCCUCCAGAGCCGGUACACGCCUUGCUGUUUGCACUGGCUGAAGCCAUUGAAAGCAAAGCAAAAGUUGGAGUAUUGCGCGCUUUCAGAAGUUGCAUCCUCACUGCGACCUUUGUGUUCGAAAUCUGUCCUGUUGGUGAAGACCGCUACUGGCGUGCACAAAACAUUCGUGAAGAGAUGGUUGAAAAGGGUUUGUCGGUUCAGUUGUCAUUGCGCCAGCGUAUAUUUGAUAUUGCAGGCUUCUACGAAGCCAAAAAAAAACUGAGUCAAGCCUGGGUGCCAAAAAGCUGGCAGCUCUGUACACACAGCAUCUCAAACUUGCGUCGAAUCAAGAGAAAAUUUCGGAAAGCUUUGUCGAUUGUGCUUUGUCCAUCCAUCGCCAACUUCUCAGCAUCCCCAGGUGUCAAGCAGUUUUGGAAUGGUGUGACCAAAACUGGCUCACUUCGUCUGCUUGGAAAUCAAUUUACGCCUUGCAAGCAUUGCUUGACAGAGGAGGCACGGUCCCUGGAAGGGAUGGUGGAUGGCGUCCGCAUGUCUUUUCUAGAUGGUGGACACUUUGUUAUUAGCAAGCUGAAAGAUUCAAGGGCCAGCUACAUUGAAGUCCUCAAAAUGAAGCGCAAAACUUUGUUGCAUUUACUGAACACAUGGCUGAAUGACUUGAAGCUGGAGAAAAAAUGGAAAGACAACAUCAAGAGCUACUGCGGCUCCUAUGAGAUGUUGCGAAAGCAUAUUUCGCCAUACCCUGAUACGCAGGCUGAUACGGCCUGGUUGCUGGGUUGCCCGCCAAGUGUUUCUGAAAUUUGCGAGUUCCUGGAUCAACUUGCCUUUGGAUCCCACUAUGACGCAAGAUACAAGGAUGCAAUCAAGAGCAAACACGAGGUGGAAGAUUUCUUGAAUUACACAACUCUAAAGACCACCAUGGAAACCAUUGAAAAAAUGACUCGCCAAGAGGACAAGCCCGAGGGACUCAAUGGCGAUGAAGAGCAGAAAGCAAGAACGGAAGAGGAAAGACAGGAAACAGAACUGGAGGCUGCUUCGGCCUCUGAGGCUGCUGCGGCCUCUGAAGCUGCUCCGGCUUCUGAAGAAGUGGAAGACAAUGGUCUUAGUGAGGCAGACAAGGUCAUGUGGAGACAGCACAUGCGCAAGAUCCUCAACCAGCAUGUGCGAUUUGUCGCCGAUCACCGCACCAAUGUGGAAUUGGAAAGUGCCUUGAAAGAAACACCUUUCAUGUCCUUGCGCGGAGAUCAAACAGGAAUGGCCCUCUUCCACUUUGAUUUGAAAAAAUAUGGCGAGCCCACCACACGGCCAGACUUGAGAACCCCAACCUUUCGUGAAAACCUCUACACCCGGCUUGUCAAGAGCGUUCUUGCUGCGCGGCAAGACGCAAUGGGCACUCCCAACCCCAACCUUCAGGCAGGGGAAGUUGCAUUGAUUUUCGAUGCAGGAAAAAAAGGACUUAUGAAAAAGUUGCUCAGCCCAUGGAAAGAAGGAACAGCCAAAACCAAAGAGGAGGACGAAGAAGCGGAGGAUGAUGGAGAAGAAGAUGCAGAAGAGGAAGAUGACAAGCCGACCUUUUGCGUAGACACCCUGAUGAUUGGAUAUUCAGAGUCGUCGCUAUCCGCACGAAAGAAGCGGCUCCGUGGAACUUGCACUCUGAAGCAGAUGGAGUCAUGUAAGACACAAAACAAGGAGGAAGAGAAGCAGAACAGCAGAUCCAGCAAUGGCUUGGAGCCAGUUUGCUUUCACAGUCCACCCUAUGAGCUCUGCGACGAGUUGAUCCACGACUUUUUCGCGAAGAUCAUUAUCGAUCUGACACCUCUGGACGGCCGCAUGGCUUGGGCUGCCUUGCGAAAUCGGGUAGGGUAUGUCGGAGUUGCCUUCAACCCGGAGCACCAACGCCUUCUUGAAGACCGGCUGCUUGCUUUGCUUGAAAAGGAAAUGACAAACCCUGAGUCCAGCUUGUUUUCGUCAGCUUACAGUGAAGCCGUCGGCGGUGGCAGUGGUAAGGAUGAGCAGGAGGAAGGCGAAGAGGAAAAGGACGACAAUGACGAGGAAGACGACGACGUCUGGGAUCCUUUGGGAGACGACGACGAUGACAAUGAAGAGGACUAA